AUGAUUUUCAUUCUUUUGUCUUCCUUCAAAUUCCCUCACGUACUUUUUUCAAAAUCUUUAUUUUUUUUCUUUUUCUUUUUUGUUAUUUUUCUUCUCUAUGCUAAUCAUUCUUCUACAUUCUCCAUUUUCCUUUUUCGUUCAUUUUUUCUGUAUGUUACUUAUUUUCUGCUCAUUUUACUUUUUUAUUCUUUAUUUCUGUUUCAUUCGUUUCUUCUCAUUAUUUUCAUUCUUUUUUUUUCGUCUUUUUCACUCGCAUUUUUUCUUUUUUGUUUUCUUUAUUUUUUUUCUCAUUUUCCUUCUUUUUUGUUCUGUUCUUUUCUUCUCUUCGUUCUUUACAUUCUUCUUCUUCUUCUUCUUCUUCUUCUUCUUCUUCUUCUUCUUCUUCGCGCCAAACUUUCUUUCAUCUUCCCUUUUUUGAUUAUGCUACUUUGGUUUAAAUUUCAUCAUUGGUUCUGUCGAACCUCCUGUUUUUUGAAAAUUGGCCAUCUAUCUAUCUAUCUAUCUAUCUAUCUAUCUAUCUAUCUAUCAGUCUUUUCUGUUCACCACUAUUUUCUUCCUAUUUGUCAUUCGAUUACCCACUAUCUAUCUAUCUAUCUAUCUAUCUAUCUAUCUAUCUAUCUAUCUAUCUAUCUAUCUAUCUAUCUAUCACUCUUAAUGCCUAUUCUUUCUCUCUGUCGCAACAUGUUCCUCUUUCUCUAUAUACUUUUUAGCCUAUCUAUCUAUCUAUCUAUCUAUCUAUCUAUCUAUCUAUCUAUUAUUUAUCUAUCUAUCUAUCUAUCUAUCUAUCUAUCUAUCUAUCUAUCUAUGUUAGCCUAUUUCUCCUAUCUAUUUCAACCUGUGUACCUUCUCUCUCUUCCCCCUCUCUCUCUGUCUGUCUCUACAUUAUUCUCUCUUCCUCCAUUCUUGUCUGUCCUUUUAUGUCUCCUCGAACUAUAUUUGUCUUUUAAACUAUAUCCCUUCCAUUUCAUUCCUUUUCCCUUUCAUUAUUUCCCACUUUGGCCGCAUUUUUAUUCCAUUCUUGUUACGCCUCCAUUAAAACAGUCUUUCCAUUCACUCUUCUACUAUUUCGAAGCCUCUUUUUUCACUUCUCCUUCUCUUCCCGCCUUUUUUUUUAUCAACUCAUCUCGCCUCGCGGCUGUCCACCGAUAG